CUUCCGGGUUUCAGCAGUCUGGUCCAGAUCCUCCGCUCCUCCUCAGCUCAACACACACAUCCAUUGUACACAAACGGGCAGGCGGCUCACGGAUACACACGCACUUACACACAUACAGACACAUACACACACAUAUAUACGCACACACGCACAGCAUCGAUCGUGGCUCCUUUAAGAAAGCCUAAGCCAGAAUUAUCACCCCACCUCCUCUUGAUCUCCUCUAGACGCUUUUGCAUAAGAAAAUCAAGCUGGGAGCCGAGAGUGAUCAAAGAAAACGAGAGGAGAGCUGCUUCAUUUUUUAACUGUGAUUGUGACCAUUAACAUUUAGGUGGUGCCGAUCCCUUGGAGACGCGCGUCGGACCAUCAUUCAUCCGGUACUUUUGACAAGCCCUCGCGUUUUGACUGACAGGCGGAGUGGCAAAAAGGCAUGAGAGUCGCCAGUUUUGUUUGAGGGGCUAUUUUAUUUUCAUUCUGGUUUUGGAAAAGGAGCGUGGCGCCGCUGCCCCGAGGAUAGCCGAGGACCUAUUCGCCGCGCCUGGGCUAAACUUGCGCAGAAAGCGGGGGCUGGCUUCACCGUUCCGUGGAAAAAAAGAGGCAUACGGGAUUUUGGCUGAAACAUCUUCCCAUUUAUUUGGAUUUUCUUUCUUCAUUUCGUCUCCACCCUGGCCUCAGAGGGGAUAUAUCUAAACUGAAAGGACGACCAGGGAGUCAGGAGGGUUAUGGCGCAACGGUACGAAGACUUGCCCCACUACGGGAUGGACGGGGUGGGCAUCCCGACCACCAUGUACGGAGACCCGCACGGCGCCCGGUCCAUGCAGGCGGUACACCUCAACCACGGGCCCCAGCUGCACUCCCACCAGUAUCCGCACACCGCCCACACCAACACCAUGCCUCCCAGUAUGGGCUCCUCUGUUAACGACGCUCUCAAGAGAGAUAAAGACGCUAUAUACGGGCACCCCCUGUUCCCCUUGCUUGCACUGAUUUUUGAGAAAUGUGAAUUAGCGACUUGCACCCCCAGAGAGCCUGGGGUGGCGGGAGGAGACGUCUGUUCAUCGGAAUCUUUCAAUGAAGACAUAGCAGUGUUUGCAAAACAGAUCCGGGCAGAAAAGCCUUUAUUUUCAUCAAAUCCAGAAUUGGAUAAUCUGAUGAUUCAAGCCAUUCAAGUUUUACGAUUUCAUCUUCUGGAGCUGGAGAAGGUUCACGAGCUGUGUGAUAAUUUCUGUCACCGGUACAUCAGCUGCUUGAAAGGCAAAAUGCCCAUCGACUUGGUCAUAGACGACAGAGAGGGCGGGUCCAAAUCUGACAGCGAGGAAAUCACAAGAUCAUCGGUGGCCCUUGAUCAGACGUCCUGGAACAGAGAUCAUGAUGACACGGCGUCCACACGCUCUGGAGGAACGCCGGGACCGUCCAGCGGUGGACACACAUCACACAGUGGCGACAACAGCAGCGAACAAGGUGAUGGCCUGGACAACAGCGUGGCUUCACCGAGCACAGGGGAUGAUGAUGACCCGGAUAAAGAGAAGAAACGCAACAAGAAGAGAGGGAUCUUCCCUAAGGUGGCCACCAACAUUAUGAGAGCAUGGCUCUUUCAGCACCUAACACAUCCCUACCCGUCAGAAGAACAGAAGAAACAGCUGGCGCAAGACACAGGCCUCACCAUCCUACAAGUGAACAACUGGUUCAUUAAUGCCAGGAGGAGAAUAGUCCAGCCCAUGAUUGACCAGUCAAACCGUGCAGUAAGUCAAGGAGCUCCCUACAAUCCAGAUGGCCAGCCGAUGGGGGGCUUCGUCAUGGACGGCCAGCAGCACAUGGGAAUCAGACCACCUGGAGCAAUGGGUGGAAUGGGAAUGAACAUGGGCAUGGAAGGUCAGUGGCACUACAUGUAGCCCCGCCCCGGUCUGACCAAUCGCAACACAAAGGGGGAUAACUGUAGGGCAAACCAGGGGGUCACCUGUCUCACAGAGGCCUAAAGGAGCAUGGGAACAGGAUCGUUGACUUCCUGAUGACAUCAACCAACAGCAACCCCUCUGUCCACCUCCCAGACUCAACUACAUUUGAUUUGGCUGAUAUCUACAACAUGGAAACCUUCCAUGACUGCCUACAAUCUUUGUCUAUGUAUCCAGCGACGGUGAUGCACAGAAGAUCAAACUAUGUCCAACCCAGAUGACCCCCUGUCAUGACAGAUCCCUGCUUCCUAUCUGGUGGGCACUAGACUUCGCCAUUUUGCCACUGCCCACUAGGUUCACAUGGAUUCCUCCUUUACAUGUGAUUGUGAUUGCGAGCAUAGACACACGAGAGAAACACUGUGUCCUUUGCCUGUACCUUCAGCGAAUGCAGCACCUGGUGAUAUAUUUGAGACUCUUUGGCAAACAAAAGAGACUUCCUGUGAAGAGCACUCCGUUCUUUGGGACGAUAGAAUUGGACCAAGGAGAAGCCAAUGUCUGUAUCUGACAGGACACUAACAAAGCAAAAGAGGUGCCCUUAAAAAAUAUAGUGGAUUGAAACAUGGAAGGAGGGAAAGCAAGAGAAAAGAAAUUAAAAGUAUAACUAUAUCAACCCCUAGUUUGGGAAGCGAGUGGAGAAAGAAAAUAUACUGUAUACUGUUGUAAAAUUACGCUGGACUCUCACAAGAACUGGGAAUUUAAGUAUUGUAAAUGCUAUUGUAUUGUUCUGCAUAUUAUGUUGUUUCUAAUAGAUUUUUUAAAAAAAGGAUGUGAACUUUUUUCUCUUUUUUUCUGAUUUCUUUCCACACUAUGUGUGUGCCGUCUCUCCAUCAAAUUUGACCUCUUGCCCCCUCCCUCCAUUGAAUCACAAUGCAUUUUUAAAAGAAAAAAGUGAAUAAACAGACAAUUCGAUAAGUUU